AAGCCCAUAAAAAGAUUUUCAUCUCUUCCAACGACUCUGUUGAAGGGUUUCGAGCGAAUUACUUAGCAGCGGCGACGAUGGGAGACAACACCGCCAUGGAGAAAACCGCGGAUGAGCUAAGGCAUGAGAUCGAUGAGCUUCACCGUCAGCAGCGAGAGAUUACGGAGAGGCUUCGUGACCCUCGUGGACUCCGCCGAGGAGGCCUCUCAGGCGCUGCUCCUCGCAACUUAGCCCGUAGAGGCUUUCUUCGACCUGCGAAUAGGAAUGACGUUGAAGAUGAGCCUCCUGCUAAACGGAGAUUGUCUUCCGCCGUUGUCAAGGUCGAAGGUGAAGAUGUUAGUAGAGAUGAAGAAAUGCCAGUUGAUGGUGGCAACGAAACUCAGGUUUCAACUGAGACCUCUGAUCAAAGUGACAAGAAGCUAUAUGGUCAGCAUCGUGGAAAUUGGUCCCAUAGGGAUGCCGAACAAAGAGGGACCAAGAAGGGUUAUGAAUCUUUUGCAUUGCCUGAGCCUACACCAAGGGAAUUACCUAAGAAUGAGGAUCCUAGUCUGGUUAAUAGGAACAAAAGAAUGCUGGGGAAUCUUCUAGGGACGUUGGAGAGGUUCAGAAAGGAAGAUAAGCAGCUUUCUGGAACAGAUGCAUACGCCCGACGGUCUGCUGCUCUACAAAGGGCUGAGCAAAAGGCUCGUGAAGAUAGUGAACGACUGAGGCUGCAAGAGCGUGAAAAUCUGACUGAAAAGAGGAAAAGAGAUCUUACUCUUCGAGCGCGUGUUGCUGCCAAGGCAGAACAAAAGAAGUUGGAACUGCUAUUCCUUCAGUGGAGUGAGCACCAGAAAAAACUUAGCAAUUUUAUAAGGACUAAAGCAGAGCCACGGAUAUAUUAUGCACUAGCGAAGCCUUUGGAAGAUGAUACAACUGAGGUGGAGCAACAGAAAGAGCAGACAUUCUUAGAAUGGAAGGCGGCAAGGAGACAAGAAGUGAGCGAGUAUCAGAAAGAGAUAGAAGAGAAAUAUCUGGGUAAUGUUGAGAAAGAGCUGGAGAGGUGGCAAAACGCAAGGAAGGCGAGGAAAGGGAACAACAACGAGGCGAUGAAUUUGCAGGAAACGAUGGAUAAGGAAUUAGAGACGCAUAGGAUGGAGCAUGGGCCAAAGAAAAGGAAGAUACCUGGAGGAGGAGAUGAAGAGGAGGAAGAAGAAGAAGAAGUAGAGGAUAUGAAUGGUGGGGAGGAUGAAAUAAUAAUGGAUGAUUUACUGGAAGAGGGAGGAGAUGGAAACAGCAAGGAAGUGGCAACUGAGACAGCAGAAGCAGUGGAGGGCGACAGUAAACAUGAAGUUGUCGAGUCUUAGUGUGUGAGUUUGCGAGUUAUGAAAAGUGAAAACUGAGAUCAUCUUUUCACAAGGGUGUAAGGUGUGGGAACUGCUAAAAUCUAUUCUGGAGUUAUGAUAGUUUGUAGGAAGGAUUUGCCUUUGUGCGAUAAUUUUAUUUCUAUAUCAACUAUUGUGGCCAUUAUACUUGAAAGCUUCUGGCUCGAUGGAAAGCUACCUGCGUUGACAUUGAUUCAAUGACAUA